CAUAUUUUCUCUCGGCUUUCUUCUUCUUAUUACCAUAAAAUAUUUAUAUUAUUAGUAUUAAUAUUAUAUUUCAUAAUACGUUAUCAGCACGAUAACUCGGGUUCAACCAUCACUUAGAUGUUGAAAUGCAUCUAAAUGCAAAAGGUCUCGGUGAAACUAUCAAAGAAAAUAAUGAUGCCUCGAUUCAAGAUCGAGCAAAGGCAAUGAUUUUCAUUCGCCAUCACCUUGACCAAGGGUUAAAAGAUGAAUAUCUUACUGUGAAAGAACCCUCUGAACUCUGGAAAAAUUUGAAAGAAAGAUAUGACCACCAGAGGACAGUAAUUCUCCCAAAAGCCCGUUAUGACUGGCUUCACUUGCGUUUGCAAGAUUUUAAAACUGUGAGCGAAUAUAAUUCUGUUAUGUUUAAAAUAAGCUCUCAGUUGUUGUUAUGUGGGGAGAAAAUCACUGAUGAUGAUAUGCUUGAAAAAACCUUCUCUACUUUUCAUGCAUCGAAUAUGGUGCUACAACAGCAAUAUAGAGAGAAGGGUUUUACGAAAUAUUCCCAGUUGAUUUCAUGUCUUCUGGUGGCUGAACAAAAUAAUGAGCUGUUGUUGAAAAACCACGAAGCACGUCCUACUGGCUCAAUCCCAUUCCCCGAGGUGAAUAGUGUGUCUAAUAAUAAUAAUGCUAAGGGCCGUGGCCGUGGCCGUAGCCGUAGACGGGGAAAUGGAAGAUACCGUGGUUAUAAUCCUGGUAAUGGACAAAAUCGUCAUGGUGGUUACAAUUUCAAGAAUAAAAAUUACCACCGAAAAGGGGAAAGUAGUGGUGCAAAACAUGAUAAGGACAAACGUGAAAAUUAUCCCAAACGUACUGAAAGUGUAUGUUAUCGUUGUGGCAUGACUGGCCAUUGGGAGCGUGUUUGUCAUACAUCAAAGCACUUUGUGGACCUCUAUCAGGCAUCCCUGAAAGGAAAAGCAAAUAUAGAGUCCAACAAUGUUUUUAUGGAAGACGAUUUUGUUGACACACAGUUGGAUGUUGAAGAUUAUCUUGGGCCAGUUGAAAAUCUAAAUUAAUGUU